AUGGCUUCCCUCAUCAUUUUCAAAGCAGCGUCCUUCUUCGUGAACUCCCUGAUGCCGGCUCCCCUCUGUCCCCUCCCUCCUGCACCUGCCGCCGGCUUCUCCCAGCACAGACCUCUUCGUUGUGGCAUCCCCGGCGCGUCAGGCCACAAGAUUCCCUUUGCCGUCAUCUUUGGAGGGACUGAUGUGAACGAGGAUGUUCGCCAGCAGGAGAAGGAGGAGGCGAUGGGGAAAGUCCUGGAAGAAGCCAGGAGACCGCGGGUGUUUGAAGCUCGUGGGCCGCCCACAGACUGGGGCCCGCGUGGCUUUGUCUGGGCCGUGGCAUUUACGUGUGUGUUUUCUCUUGGUUUCUCCCGUUCCUCCCAGCCGCACGCGGAGGGGAAGAUACUCGUGCAGAGUCAAGGGAUCAGCACAGCUCCCAAUGCCGCCUUCCACUGGAGCACCUUCCUGCAGCGUGCCGAGAUUGGCCACAGCACCCAUCACGUGCACGUCUUCCUGCUGAUCUGCGGGCUGAGGCCGGUGAAGGACCCGCUCUACCUGGUGGACGCCUUCUCAGAAUGGCACCGAGAGGAGCCCAGCGUCUACCUGGUCAUUGUAGGCCCUGAGGUCGACCCCGAGUUCACGAGGGACGCAAAGGCCAAGGUGCAGAGGAGCCCCGGGGUUCGGCUGGCCGGCGAGAUGUCCCAGGCCGACCUGCACGCGGUGGUGAAGAACUGCUUUGCCGUGGUGAACAGCUCUGUCUCAGAAGGCAUGUCAGCCGCCCUCCUGGAGGCCAUGGACCUGGAGGUUCUCGUGAUGGCCAGGAACAUUCCGGGCAACGUGGCCGUGGUGAAGCAUGAGCGUACCGGGCUGCUCUUCUCCGACCCCCAGGAGUUUGUCCAGCUGGCCAAGAGGGUGCUUGGGGACCAUGCCUUAGAAAGAGACCUGGUGACCAGGGCGCGGGACUACGUGAGGACCCACCACUCCUGGCAGACGGAGCGAGCCACCUACCAGAGCCUGGUGUGGAGCCUGGUGGGGUCCCCGGAGCACUGAGGCCCACCCCACCCCGCCCCACCGUGGCAGACAGACGGCACGACAGCAGAGCCUCCUGAAGGAGAGCAGGAUGGACAGACACAGCUCCUGCCCACCCUCCGGGCCUCCGUGGAAGCAGAAGCUGCGCUGGGCACAGUCAGCUGCACGCAGGCGGACACGGGGAGCGGGGUGGGGUGGGGUGGGGUGUAGCAGGGACCCCCUAGCUGCUUUCCCACCGCUGCUUCAGUGCCUGUCCUGGUGGGAAGGACUGUGUGUGCGUAAUAAAGUGACUCACCCAACA